ACUCAUACUUUCAUUUCGAAGUGCAGAGGAAGAUGGGAGCCCUCUUCUCCACCAUGAACCGUGGGGCAGACACAAACGAAUGCAAUGAACAAUACGAGGCUGUGGAAUCCAUUCGUACUGAUGAUUUCCGAUGGUUCAAGGCUAUAUUUAGCCGCAAUAGUCGAAAUGUAGACAGUGAAAUUUUAGUCAGUUUGAUCUCCCUCAUCAUGCAACAUGGACGGGUGAAAUUUCUGAAGUUUCUCAUUGAAGAGGAGAAGUGUAAUGUACAUGUUAAAGAAAACGGGAGCCAGGAUUCCCUCUUACACUUGUGUUCGAUUUCAAAGACAACAAACAAUACAAUUGAAUGCUGCAAGAUUUUACUGGCCAACAAAAUUGACAUCAACGUAAAAAAUGUCUGGGGUAGAACGCCCCUUAUUGCAGCUCUUGUGGCUUUUAGGUACAACUUGGCAAAAGUCCUGAUUGCUCAGAAUGCUGAUGUCAACCUCUGCGACUCCAAUGGGCUCUCUCCCGUGAUAAUUUGCUGCAGCUAUGGGAACAUUGAGCUGCUAAAUUUGCUGGUCCAAAAUGGUGCAAACAUCAACCAAACAAAUUCCUCAGGAAAGUCUGCUCUUCAUUAUGCUAUUGUCGGGAAUCAUACUGAUAUCAUUGACUUUCUCCUGAAAAGAGGCUGCAAUAUCAACACUGUGGACAAAUACGGAAUUACGCCUUUACAUGUUGCCUUAAGCAAGUUUAAUGUUCAGGCCACUCGGCGACUCAUCAUGUGUGGAAAAUCGAUGGAAAAUGCAGCAUUUUCCACACCCUAUGUGGAAUUAUGUCUAAAAAUUGUGUGGAGUACAGGAAUCAGAGCCACAAUCUCUGAACAAAUUCUUGAACAGGCUUUGAACAGUUUGAUCUGUAUGAAGAUGGUAGUGAGAGCAUAUGGCUUCAGGUUGAAGCCCACAGUAUUGGAGAAACUCAAACGACUGGAAUCAAAUAACCAGAAUUCAGGAAACCUAAAUUCCCAGGAAUUCAAAAAACUCAUGUCAGAUUUACAAAAACUCAUCUCAUAUGUUGAAAGAGUCACCUUAGAAAAACGUCAAAUGAACUGUCCUUACUCGCUACAGACAAUAUGCAUUCACAAAUGUCGAGAACUCUGUCUAGAAGGAGGCACGAACGUUCUCUUUGUGUGCAACAGGUUGGACCUUCCCCGCUACACGGCAGAUAUGCUUACAAUGGCUCUAUGACCUUUACCAUUGAAAAUGCUGACCAAAGCCCACAGAAAUCCAGCAGAACGCUGAAACAUUGGAUGUAUUCUUACAAACACAUUCCUUCUCUAUUGUGAGAAAUACUUAAGUUUGUCAUGAUCUCAUUUGUAUCCAAGAUUCAAAGUGAAAACAUAUGUGCAUGUAUUUCCGCCCAGUAAAACUUUUGAUAUAUUUUAAAGUAAAUAGCAUGAAAGGGGGAAGUUAAAUUUUCUCUACUGCUGUGAUAACUUCAUUAUUUACAUAUCCAAUUUUUACAUUUACCAUGUUUUGUCUGUACUAAACCUUUGCUGUUUCAU